AUGGGUAAGAUCCCGGUCAAGUUCAGGGAGGUGGUCUACACCCUGUCCCCGUACGAGCAGAACGUCAUGGGUGGGCUGUGGAGGGACAUCCCUCACAAGGUCUCUCACUACUCCACCAAGGUUCGGGACGCCGUGAUCUUCGCUGUGCUUCCCCUCUGGGGCAUUGGCUGCCUCGGCCUGCCCGUUCCACAGGCACACACGCUCCUUCUGGCACGAUGUUACUACCUCUCGAAUCAACCAUACCGCACCUACCAUCUGCUGAAAGAUAGCAGCGACCCUGCCUCGCGCUAUCUGUUUGCCACGGCAUGCCUUUCCCUGAACCGGCUGACCGAGGCUGAGGAUGCCAUGCUCCCAGGCCCCGCCGCCCAUGGGGGCGUGGCCCACGGCGCGGCGGGUCACUUCCUGCUGGCCAAGGUCCACACGCUCAUGAACCGGCACGACAGCGCGGCCUCCCACCACCGCGCGGCCCUGUCCCUGGACCCCAUGCUGUGGGGGGGCCUUCGAGGGGCUGUGCACCCUGGGCGCCGAGACCGAGGCCCAGGCCUACCUGGAGGGCAGCGGGUGGGCGGCGCAGCAUGGCCAUGCGCCCGGUGGGGGCCGAGCGGAGGCUUGCACCUCGGAGCAGACACCUGGUGCCAGCCCCAGUCAGGAGGCCGACGUGGGCCCCACGCCCGGGUCAUCGCAGGUCCCCCCCCCCCCCACAGACUCAAUCGCCGACCAGGCCUUCUCCUUCCCCAGCCCCGCACCCAUGGCCGACGGCGGGGCGCUGCCCGGCGUGACCCCGGGCUCUGGAGGCGGGCCGGGGUACUCCGGCAUGCAGUCCUACGUCACCCCCUCCCCGACCGGGCUCCUGGCAGGUGCGUGACGGGGUGGGCGCUGUGCACGACGGGCCGCGCGCUGGCCGGCGCGGUGCGCUACGCCGAGUCCGCGCGUGCCUUCGCGCGCGCGCGUGCGCUGGAGCCCGGGCGCCUGGCCGACAUGGAGGCCUACAGCACGGUGCUGUGGCACCUGCGCGCCGGCCCCGCGCUGUCUGCGCUGGCGCAGGACCUGCUGGCGCUGGACCGUCUGAGCCCCGCCGCAUGGUGUGCGGCCGGCAACUGCUUCAGCCUGCAGCGCGACCACGACACCGCGCUGCGCUUCUUCCGCCGCGCGCUGCAGCUGGACGGCGGGCGCGCCUACGCGCACACGCUGGCGGGGCACGAAUUCCUGGCCCUGGAGGACUUUGACAAGGCCAUGGGCUGCUACCGCGCAGCGCUGCGCAUCGAGCUGCGACACUACAACGCCUGGUUCGGCAUGGGUCACAUCUUCUAUCGCCAGGAGAAGUGGAGCCUGGCCGAGUACCACUUCCGGCGGGCCACCGCCAUCCACCCUACCUCCUCCGUCCUGCGCUGUUAUCUGGGCAUGGCGCUGCGGCGCCUGGAACGGCUGGAAGAAGCGCUCCUUGAGCUCCACAGGGCGAUCGCUGCGGACCCCAAGAACCCACUGGCGAGGUUUGAGGCAGCAAACGUGCUGCUGGCCUGCGAGAGGCCACGGGACGCGCUGCACGAGCUCCAGGCGCUGCAUGACGUCGCGCCGCAGGAGGUCAGCACCUACUUCCAGAUGGGCAAGGUGCACAAGCGGCUCGGGGAGGUGGACCAGGCGAUGCGCUGCUUCUGCGCGGCGCUGGACCUGCAGCCCCCUGCGGCCGACAGCGAGCUCAUCAAGGGCGCCAUCGAGAGGCUGCGCGUUACCGAGGACGCGCUGGACGAGGAGAUGUGA